CCCGCCCUCAUUCAAAGCGUCUUUUUUGGUCUCCUGUUGAAUACCCAUCUUCAUCCUCUACACCAGCCAAGAUGACGAAGCGCACCAAGAAGGUCGGCAUCACCGGUAAAUAUGGUACCAGAUACGGUGCCUCCCUGCGUAAGCAGGUGAAGAAGAUGGAAGUCACCCAGCACGCCCGCUACGUCUGCACUUUCUGCGGAAAGAACACCGUCAAGCGCAAGGCUGUUGGUAUCUGGGAGUGCAAGGGCUGCGACAAGACCGUUGCCGGCGGCGCUUACACCGUCUCCACCCCCGCUGCCGCUGCCACCCGUUCCACCAUCCGUCGUCUGCGUGAGAUCGCUGAGGUCUAA